AUGUCGGACAUACAUAAUCCACUUAACCCGGAGUACACUCAGGACGGUGAAAGAAGAAUACGUACUAAAGUUGCAUGCGACUACUGCAGAAAACGUAAAUCCAAAUGUGAUGGCGAAGAACCAUGUUCAAAAUGUAUAAGUCGCAAACGCGAAUGUGUUUAUUCAUUUGUGCCAAAAGAGAGAAAGAAGCGAGUAAGCUCGAUGGGCAGUGAUAUUAGAAAGUCUUACAAAAAGGAAGUAAAGGUCACCAAGCUGGGUAAGACUAUUCAAGAGUUGAAUACAAGAAUAAAUGUGUUGGAAAAUCUCGUGACGAAACUUGUGUCGAACUUGGAUCCAACGGAUAAAAUGGGAAUUCUUUCUCAAAUAUCUAGAGGCCAGGAUCUGGGAACAGAACAGGACUCGGCUAUUAAUAUGAGCGAUGAUCACUCCGAAGACGAAGAUAUUGAGGAUGCGAGUACCGAGGACUCUCCUUACAAGGAACAGAAUCUUACCUCUGAUCCGAAAUCCAUGAAGCAGAUGCUUGAACCGCAGUCCAUCAAGCUGAUGCUUAAUCUGAAAUCAUGUGGACAAGAUAAAGAAUGUGUGGUAAAAAAGGCUAUGAAACGUAUUUCUGAAUAUUGUGGCGCCCACUCGCUUAUGAACACACUUUCUGCACGCUCGUUGAUAUGGAUGAAAGACCGGCUCCAAGGGUCGCGGUCCAGCUUAGUCAAUCAGCAACUCUAUGCACCGUUGAAAAAUGUUCCAUUCGCCUUGACCAACGCUGUUGACAGAUCAACUCACUUGUUAAAUAGACAGAGACAAGUGCCCCAUUUUGAUCAAUAUUUUGAAGCCAAGGAUAAAGUGUUGUUUUCCGAGCUUUUGGAUGCUUACUAUCGCAAACUUUGUAUAGUCUCGUUCAUCUGUCCGCUAGAGGAAAUUCAGGGUUUAUUCGACAAGUACUACUAUGCUGUUUUAACCAACAACCAUUCAAUGUUGUCGAGCAUCUCACGCAGUGAGUAUUUAAUGAUGAAUUCGGCUUUGGUGUUGUCGCUAUCAAAAUUUGCAUCACCGAAACGAAUUGUCGGUGCCCAUUAUCCGAAAUUGGCGUCGCUAACGACAAUUGAAGCCGAAAAGCUACGUGCCAAAUUCUUUGAUAAUGCCAUGCAUGAUUAUGACUACGUUUCAAGAAACAACGAGGGUUAUAAUUCUCUACUAGGGCUCGCGUUAUUGAGUUUAAUUAUUGAGGAGUCGUUCAUAUCAGACUUUCACAUAAAUUAUAUCAUUGUGGGUACUUUGGGCAGAUAUGCUAAAGAACUAGGACUACAUAGGGUAGAAGUUUUGCAAGAGAAAUACCGCGAUACUGGCUUAGCGUGCCGGAAGUUGUGGUUAUUUUGUGAGUACAUGAGUGUUGAACUUAGUUAUAAAAGUGGGAAACCAAUGUUGAUCAAUAAUGAGGAUGUGACUACUUUGAGUGAAGUGGACCCCUGUAUCAUAUCCGUGCCGAGAGACUUAUUUGUGAAUCAAGAUUACGAGAGGAAUGCGCCAAGUGUUAUCGAGUCUUUGAAACGAGAAGGUGCUGUGCUUUACUUUGCCCAUUUCUUGCUUAUGUUGACUCGAAUUAAGGAAAAGAGUUACUACAAGUUGUAUUCAAAGCUACCUUCAAACAUUAAUACACAAGGUGCACUUACUGUCAUUAACGAGAUUAAUGACGACAUGAAAAUGUUAUCACAACUUAUAGAGCCAGGCAUAUUGGAUCCUCAUAGAGAGAAUCCAUUUGUAAUACCUGCAUUUCUGUGUGAUGAGGGUGUUCUCAAGUUUUAUGUUCUUCUGUUUCAUUUGUCAUUCCAUGCUCAUCUUCUAUCAGUGAAUAGAGUUCCGUUUCUUGAAGAGUUCAAUAUUGAAGACGAUAGGCUAUUGUCAUAUGGUAAUAAAUCACUUCAAGCUGCUAGGUCCAUGUUACAAUCGGUUUCCAACCCAAACUCGUUGUGGAAAGUUGAUGAUGCUAGUUUCCCAUUUCUUUUGUUUUACCCCUUUGUUGCAUUUUUGAGCGUGCUAGGUAAUUGUUUGGUCUAUCCAGCUGAAAGUUCAUCUUACUAUGACUGUUUGCUUUUGAUUGACGUUUCGUUAAACUUUUUUGCUUACAACGGGACCCAGACGACAAAUCUAGACAAUAAAAGAAUGUUUUGUGAUAUGGUUAGUCGGUCUUUCUUGAGAAUAUUGAUUGAUACGAUGGAGAAAAAGGCCAAUGUCUUCUUUUACCGAAUGCGGCCUGGAUUACUAGAUCACAUCGAGUCGUUGCGUUCCAAGUACCCAGAAAUCUUCCAACCUAUAGCAAACUUGGACUUAGACCCAAACAGUCCUGAUAUAGUGCACAGUCAACAACCUGCAUCAGCUUCGUCAUACACGUCAUCUUCCGGGUCAUACAACACUGACGUGAAGCCAAUAUUGUCAAAUUAUACUGGUGGGUAUCAAUCAGCCAACAAACUAAAUGAAAAUCAGAACAACUUUGGAAUGGCACCUGUGUCGGAGGCAAUUGAUCUUGAAAACUUGAUGAACGAAGACAACUUUAACCAGUUUGUUUUUGGUGAAAUAAAUGAAUUGUCGGGGUUUUUCAACUACGAUUUUAAUAAUUGA